UUUGAUUAAUUUACCUUUAAAAAAAACCUACUUUCUUUCAAUUUUGAUCAACGAAGGCACCAUCCAGAGAACCCAAAUUGCAAAAAACCAAAAAAAUUUGGAACAAAGAUUCGGCGAAGGCUAAAGGGAGAUGAGAAGAAGGCCAGGAAUUGGAGGUUUGCAGACGCAUGCCGCUGCAAGGGAUCAAUUCCGUUUGCUGGGUGAAAAUGUCGCAAAGAUCAGAACCGAUUUGAUGAAGGAGCAGCUUGCCACCUUUCGCUCUCAGCUCGAAGAUUUCGCUCGCAAACACAAGAAUGACAUCCGCAAGAACCCUGCAUUCAGAUCACAGUUUCAUGAAAUGUGUGCUAAAGUUGGAGUAGACCCCUUGGCCUCAAACAAGGGUUUCUGGUCAGAGCUGUUAGGACUUGGUGACUUCUAUUAUGAACUCGGAGUUCAGAUUGUGGAUAUUUGCUUGGCUACUAGAGUCCACAAUGGAGGACUGAUCGACCUGCAGGAACUCUGCCAUCUCCUUCGCCAUAGACGAAAAACUGAUCGUGAAGUUGUUUCUGAGGAUGAUUGCCUGCGUGCUAUUAAGAAACUGAAGGUGCUGGGUAGUGGUUUUGAAGUUAUUUCUGUUGGAAAGAAAAAACUUGUUCGUUCAGUUCCAACUGAGUUGAACAAAGACCACAAUGAGAUUCUAGAACUUGCCCAGGCUCAAGGAUUUGUGACUGUCGAUGAAGUAGAAAGGCGGUUAUCUUGGAGUUCUGGCCGUGCCAUCGAUGCCCUUGAUACAUUACUUGAUGAAGGACUUGCAAUGAUUGAUGAUGGCGAUAAAGAUGGCAGACGGCGGUACUGGUUUCCUUGUGUGUCUCCCAUCUCGUCUUCUAUCGGAGUUGAUUCCUAAUAAAUUUAGUGGAAAGGGAACUGAGGUCUGGUUUUUGAAGGCCUGUGUAUGUUUAGAUUGUUACAUAAUUGAUAUUUAUUAUUGCUUUUGAUUUCUUGAAUUCUUUGUCCUAAAAUAUGUGAUUGGGAACUAUGUUUAUCUAGUGUACACAAAUGUAUGGCGAUUGGGAACUGGAAAUGUAUACUACAUUUUCUGUAAGUGAUGAUCGCGUAAAAGAAAAGUACUAAAAUUAUUUGGACCUUGUUCGGUUA